AUGUCUACCAACGCUCUCAUUCCCAUGAAGCUCGGUGACGGUGAACCUAUCAUCCCAUAUACUCUACUAGAGAAGCAGGUCAAUGAGAAAGGAGAGAUCCUCGUAGGUAGCAGCGGUGUCUUGUUCACCACUCGCGCGCAUGAAGCUGCCAUGAUAGUCAAGCACCAUCUUUAUGAACGGCGCCCGCCGUGCAGUAAACUCGAUUCUCGAUUCGUACCUGGUCACACGGAAGGUGGACAAGUGUACACUCCCCCGCUCGUAUACUUCGGCUUCCCCUUGACCUUUUAUUUGUAUCCCGACGAACCCGAACCAGAAGACACCGAGUCCGAGGGGCGCAACUCUCUAUUUCGAUCAUUACUGGUGCGCUACCUGAAGGGCCAUUGCAGACAACCUUUUCUCAGGGUUGAACGAUGCAUCGGGUCAACUAUGGAGGAAUGCUGGAUCUUUACGCUCUACGCAAACACCGAUCUGGUUGAAGGAUUCUCCCAAGCCAGCCAGGAAGAACUGGAUGUCAUCGCCGCAGUGCUUCGCGAUGAGCAAGGUCGUGUUCCUCAACUCAAGUGGUGUUGGGAUUACUUCGAAAGCGGAUAUGAUUACUCGGCGCCGUCGGACGACUAUAAUCUUUGGCCUGUUCGAGACAACAAGCUCUGGCGUCGCGACGGUGCCUUCAAUCGCAAGCGCAAGACUAGUGCUGGCUCUAGUGAGUCAAAUGUGACCGGGAAAGAGUGGUCGGCGCAGUCUCUCGAGGCUCUGGAUAGCCUCUGCAGCUCAGUUGCAUGA